AUGGAGAAAAUAAAUUUGGAUGCCCCAAGAUGGGACCAGAGCACAUAUCUUGGUCGUGCUAAACACUUCUUAAUUAUCACCAAUCCUCUCAAUGUGUUUGCAAGUUCUGCUGAGCUUGAUGCUGCCAAAGACAUUGUGACUAAAUAUAGGGCUGGUGAGCAGCUGAAGCUAUCCACCGACGACCUAUGGCGGGCCAAGACGCUGUACGACUCGGCCUUCCACCCGGACACGGGCGAGAAGAUGCUGCUGGUGGGCCGCAUGUCGGCGCAGGUGCCCUGCAACAUGUCCAUCACCGGCUGCAUGAUGACGUUCUACAGGACCACCCCGGCCGUGGUAUUCUGGCAGUGGGUGAACCAGUCUUUCAACGCUCUGGUUAACUACACAAACCGCAGCGGCGAUUCGCCCAUCUCCGCCAAGCAGCUGGGCACGUCAUACGUGUUGGCGACCGGUGGAGCCCUAACCACCGCGCUGGGACUCAACAGCCUGGUGAAGACGGCGCCUCCACUGGUGGGAAAGCUGGUACCGUUUGCCGCGGUCGCAGCAGCCAACUGUGUGAACAUACCCAUGAUGAGGUCUAAGGAGCUGACCGACGGCAUCACGCUGGUGGACGCCGACGGCGCCCGGGUGGGCCAGUCGCGGGCGGCGGCGCGCGAGGCCAUCACCAUGGUGACCGUCAGCCGCAUCCUGAUGGCGGCGCCGGGCAUGGUUGGUAGCCCGAUCAUCAUGAAUCACCUGGAGAAGCGCGGCUUCAUCAAGCGAUAUCCGUACUUGAACGCGCCUCUGCAGGUGCUGCUGUGCGGCUUCUUCCUGACGUUCGCCACGCCGCUGUGCUGCGCGCUGUUCCCGCAGCGUUCGUCGGUGGCCGUGUCCCGGCUUGAGCCCGAGGUCCAGGAGGCGAUCAAUAAGCUGCCGAACCCGCCUACAGUCGUGUACUACAACAAAGGCUUGUAGACGGCCGAGCCGCUGCUGCCGGGGCCGUCAGCGGGCCAGGAGCGGAGCCGCUGACCGCUGGCCGCUGGCUGCUGGCCGCUGGCUGCUGGCCGCUGGCUGCUCUGGUCGGUCACCGUUCGCCAGCGCCGCUGGUGCCGGCGACAUCAGGCUGGACGGACGGCUGACGAGCUUAGAUCGGUUUUGUGGGACGGAAUUAUGUACGCGUGGGACGUAGUGGUACGUGCGGCCGUAGGUCGCCAUCGGGCUGUACAUGUUCGCGUUCGUUAGUGCUGGUCAGAAGCAUCCAGAUUAGACUAGCUUACGUCUUAAACAUGCUAGAACUGCUAACAGAGCCACAUCAGAUGUGUUGUGUUCAAUGCAAAUUCUGUUGGCUGGUCGCGCUGCUGAGUCUAUCGCAUUGAACUUGGGAGCUGGCUCAGAUUUGAGAAAAUUGGAUCUCGUGAAAUCGCCGUAAUGGCGCCCGAGGCCGCCAGUGACGUAAUUGCUCGCGCCCUGGCAACUUCGUUGUAAUCUGUGAGAUGAGGCACCUCGCGAACGGUGCAACUGGCGUAUUCACUCUGGCUGUUGCGUCAGAGCGGUGGUCCGGAAGGCGGCGCGAUUGGGGCCCACGCAACGUACGUGCUCAGGGGCGGUGCAAUAUCUUGUUCUCGUCGACCAUUCAACUG